UAUAUUAGAAGCUAUAUUGAAACCCUGACCGGAGAAGAGGAGAAAACUCUGAUAGGAUAUCUUGACGGAGACGCUUCCGUUCACCAUUAGCCACGCAGAAAGCUAUGACUUUUAAAGAGCGACACAAAGGGAAAUAGAGAGAUAGGGAGAGAUGCUCUUGAAGUUCACGGCUAGGUUUUUGAUCUCUCAGAACCAGUUGCAGAGAUUCUUCAACAUCAACAACAGUAACAACAAACAGUCAACUUCGCAACUUAGAGUAUAUUGAGCUCUAGAGUUCUCUCUCUCUCUCUUUUUUUCUUUUUCUUAUUGAUAUCUUGAAGUUUGAGCAAGAUUUUUUAAUCUAAGAACAAGUCGCAAAAAUCUUUUAAAAAUAACAGUGAAGGGGAUUUAAGCUUUUGUUUUUGUUUUAUUUUUUAUUUUUCCUGUUUCUACUUUUUAUUCCGAAGUUCUUGCGAUGUUUGAGCUGCAACUGUGACUUUUUUUUUGUCGGUUUUCCUAAUCUUAGUGGCUGCUUGGCAUAGAUUUCGAGGCAGCUUUGAGUGUGUGUAACCAACGUUUGAGAAGGUGCUGUCUUUUGAGAUAAGAGCCUUUUCCUUUUCGAUUUUCGAGGUUUUGUUUAUUACCUUAGCUUUUGUAAAUGAAUUUGGAAAGAAAUGAAGAGAACUCUUUGAGAGGUAAGUGGAAUUGUGAUGGAAUAGUUGUGGAUUUCUGCGUUCUGUGCGAAGAGUUUUCAUUUCUGGUCUGGAUAGUUGGUUUUGUGUAAAGGACCAAGAGUCUCAGGGGUUUAGUUCCUCGCUUGAUGUUGGAGGGUGGGCUGAUGAUUUCACGAAAUUUUGCAAAGUUGCUGUGGUUGAACUGGAAGGGCAUACUGUUGUUGGGGUAGGAGGAUAAGUUAAAUGAAGUGUUUUGGAAUCGUUUGAGAUUGCAGCAUGAGUUGUGGGGAGGAGAGCAAAGAAGGUAGAGAUGAUCAAGGGGAAUUUAAGCAAACUGCAAGGAAGAACUCGGUUGAGCUUGGCAGCCAGCUCGAGAAGCAUCCAGUCACACAGAAUGGAUUGAUUCCAACGCCACAGUUCCAGAUUGAUGAGAAACUGCUGAUAGACCCAAAAUUACUAUACGUCGGGUCAAAGAUUGGAGAGGGAGCCCAUGGAAAAGUUUAUGAAGGAAGGUACUGUGACCAAGUUAUUGCUGUCAAAGUUCUCAAUAGUGGAAGUACCCCAGAAGAAAAAGCUAAACUUGAAGGCCGUUUUAUCCGUGAAGUUACAAUGAUGUCUAGAGUAAAACAUGAGAACCUUGUCAAGUUCAUUGGAGCUUGUAAAGAUCCUUUCAUGGUGAUAGCUACAGAGCUGUUGCCAGGGAUGUCACUCCGGAAGUAUUUACUCACUAUUCGUCCAAAACAAUUAGAUCUUUGUGUAGCGAUAGGUUUUGCCCUUGAUAUUGCUCGGGCUAUGGAUUGUCUACAUGCCAAUGGGAUUAUACACAGAGAUCUUAAGCCUGACAAUUUGUUACUUACGGAGAAUCAGAAGUCUGUGAAACUAGCGGAUUUUGGUCUUGCAAGAGAGGAAUCUGUGACUGAGAUGAUGACUGCAGAAACAGGAACCUACCGUUGGAUGGCUCCUGAGUUAUACAGCACUGUGACUUUGCGUCAGGGAGAGAAGAAGCAUUACAACAACAAGGUUGAUGUCUAUAGCUUUGGAAUUGUCCUAUGGGAGUUGUUGACUAACCGAAUGCCAUUUGAAGGCAUGUCAAACUUGCAGGCUGCUUAUGCUGCUGCCUUUAAGCAGGUGAGGCCGAGUUUGCCUGAGGACUUAUCUCCUGAUCUUGCAUUCAUCAUACAAUCAUGUUGGGUUGAGGACCCUAAUGUUCGGCCCAGCUUCAGCCAGAUCAUCCGCAUGCUCAACCAAUUCCUUUUCACGCUCACACCUCCCUUACCUGAAUCAGAUGCCUCCAAGGUAGCAGCACCAAGUCGUGAUGGUGUGAUCACUGAGUCAUCUGCACGUGCAAGAGGGAAGUUCUCUUUCCUUCGCCAACUUUUCGCAGCAAGGAGAGCAAGGAACAGUCACUGAAGUGAUGAAUUCAGUUAGUCUCUUUAUUUUGACCAAGUCAGUCCUCCCGUGGUUGGUAUAUAUUGUUAAGUUGAUUUGUGGUUAAUUACCUGAGCCAUGACAACUUGCAAGGAUGAGAAAACUGGAAGGACAUGGUUUUAGUAUCUAGUGGAUAACCACAAAUAGAAAUGAAUAUAGGGGGAAAAAAGAGGAGGAUUGGAAAAAAAAACUGUUAUACCUUGUCUUCCCUCAUGAGCAUACAUAAUUGUAGCAACUGGUAGUUCAUGUUUAUACCAUUGACCCCGAAAUUCCUGGCAUAAAGCAAUUUCAUUUUCUUAUUUUGAGCAUCUCUGUUUCUGUACUGAAUGUAAGUGAACCAUCCAAGCUACACAGGAUUGACAAUUGAUGGCUUUUCAACA